UGUUAAUUCACCUCUCUUUCCCCCCUAUUCCAUCUCAACGAGCCGUGAGCAAGAACUGUCUAAUGUUGUUCUCAAAACAGGCUGGAAUCGAGGAAAGUGGUUGUGUGCAUGGAAAACGAGCAACAAGUUGAAAAGGCAACAGGUCCCUUUUCUAACAAAAAAUAGCUUGGAUUGUGAGAUUUUAAACGUGAAUAUUUAGGAUUUUUAUGUGUGUCUUUGUGAGUGUGAGUCAAUCUGUGGAUUACAAAUUGGAUAUAUCGAUGUGAUCAAUUUCUGGGAUUAAGAUUUUGUUGAGGAGCGAGGAUGCCUUGGCGGUUUUAUCAACUAGGCUGGCUGAUACAAUUGACCGUCUUGGCGGCUGCCUUCCUUCAAGUGCAGCCUUUAAGAGGCAAAGUGUCUUGCAAUUCCAAUCCUUGCGAGCAUGGUGCAUCCUGUGUCUCCAACCCCAGAGGGGAAUCCUACUGCAAUUGUCCACCAAUGUACGUCGGAGAAUUUUGCCAGCACAUGAAUCCCUGCCAUACCGGACCCGGACCACGAUGUCAGAAUGGUGGUACUUGCAAGGUGGAAAUGAGCGUUACGAACGGACCAACGAUAUCGUGUGAUUGCCCACUGGGCUACACGGCGUCCCUCUGUGAAAUUGCCAUUCCAAAUAGCUGUGACAGCCAACCCUGUAUGAACGGCGGAACUUGCAAUCUAGUCUCACUUACCAAUUACAAUUGUUCCUGCGCCGCCGGAUACAGAGGUGAUCAUUGCCAAUUACCCGAUCACUGCUCCCCGCAGCCAUGUAAAAACUCAGCUACUUGCCAGUCCUUGGAGGAUACUUAUCGAUGUACUUGUUUUCGUGGAUACACAGGAACUAAUUGCACAUCUGAUAUCAAUGAGUGCGAGAAAAAUCCCUGUGUUCAUGGAAUGUGUGUAAAUACCGUCGGUUCUUAUAGGUGUAACUGUCAGCCCGGGUACACUGGACACAACUGUGAUCAUCAAUACAUUCCCUGUGAUCCUAGUCCUUGUAAAAAUGGUGGGACUUGUCGGUAUAUGGGAAAUCUGAGUUACAGAUGCUCAUGCCCUCCUGGCUUUACUGGACCAAACUGCGAAGUUAACAUCGAUGAUUGUCCUGGAAAUCUUUGCCAAAAUGGUGCAACCUGUAUUGACGGUGUUAAUUCUUACACUUGCCAUUGUCCACCUGCAUAUACAGGAGCAUAUUGCGCAAAAGAUGUGGACGAGUGCGCUGUACGACCUAGUGUCUGUAAGAACGGGGCUACUUGCACAAAUACCGUUGGUGGCUAUACUUGUAUUUGUGUUAAUGGCUGGACUGGACAUGAUUGUUCUGAAAACAUCGAUGACUGUGCCGUUGCUGCUUGCUUCAACGGUGCCACUUGCCAUGACAGAGUAGGCUCCUUUUAUUGCCAAUGCGCUCCCGGUAAAACAGGUCUUCUAUGCCACUUGGAUGAUGCUUGUGCCAGCAAUCCUUGCCAUGCAGGAGCAAUGUGCGAUACCAGUCCGAUUGAUGGUACUUAUAUUUGUUCUUGCCCUAAUGGAUUCAAGGGAACAGAUUGCACGGAAGACGUUGAUGAAUGUGACGAAGGAUAUCCAUGCGAACAUGGCGGCAAAUGCGUCAAUAUUCCGGGUUCUUUUAGUUGCAAUUGUACCAAAGGAUUUACAGGUCCCAGAUGUGAAAUCAACAUCAAUGAAUGCGACUCGAAUCCUUGUCAGAAUGAAGGCACUUGUUUGGAUGAGCGAGGAGGAUUUCGCUGUGUUUGCAUGCCAGGUUUUGCGGGAAUAUUUUGUGAGGAAGACAUUGAUGAGUGUGCACCAAGACCUUGCCUAAAUGGUGGAAUAUGUACUGAUUUGAUCAAUGGCUAUAAAUGUCUCUGCCCAAUUGGAUUCUCAGGAAAGAAGUGUGAAAUGAAUGAAGAUGAUUGCAUGAGCCAUCCUUGCCAAAAUGGUGCCAAAUGCAUUGAUGCUAUUGCCAGUUACAACUGCCAGUGUCCACCAGGCUUUUCUGGCACCAACUGUGAAAUAAACAUCAAUGAUUGCCUUUCCUCACCUUGCCAUCACGGUGAAUGUGUCGAUAGUAUCAAUUCAUUCCAUUGUAAUUGCCAUAGAGGUUUCACUGGUAAACUUUGUCAAAAGCAAAUUAAUGAAUGCUUAAGUAACCCAUGUCAACAUGGGGGAAUAUGUCAAGAUCUAAUAAAUGCUUACCAAUGUAAAUGCCUCCCUGGUACAUCAGGAAUUAAUUGUGAAUACAAUGUUAAUGAAUGUUCAAGCAAUCCUUGCCGUAACGGAGCUACUUGUAAAGAUGGUAUUAAUUCCUAUACCUGUCAGUGUAGAGCUGGAUUUACUGGUAUCCAUUGUGAAAAGAAUAUUGAUGACUGCAGAAACAACCCAUGUGCAAAUGGUGGUAUUUGCACUGAUCUAAUAGAUGGCUAUCGUUGCGAAUGUCCAAGGGGGUAUUAUGGUGCCAGAUGCUUAUCUGAUAUCAAUGAAUGUGCUAGCAAUCCUUGUUGGCAUGGAGCUACUUGUGAAGAUGAAAUCGAUCGUUUCAUAUGUCACUGUCCUGCAGGCUAUGGUGGACAUCGCUGUGAAAUUGACAUUGAUGAAUGUCAGUCAAACCCGUGUCAACAUGGAGGUAGCUGCAGAGAUUCUCUUGCUAGUUACAGCUGUACUUGUUUGCCAGGUUACGCUGGUAGAAACUGUGAAAUAAAUAUUGAUGAUUGUGCUAUGGAACCAUGUAUCAAUGGUGGGUCAUGCAUAGAUCUUGUAAAUGCUUUUCAGUGUGUUUGUGAAGUUCCUUAUACCGGCACCAAUUGUGAAGUGGAACUAGAUCCAUGCAGUCCUAACAAAUGUAAGAAUGAAGCCAGGUGCAUGCCAUCCUCUAACUAUCAGGAUUUUGCCUGUAGCUGUAGUAUUGGUUAUACAGGUCGUUUGUGUGAUGAAGAUAUUGAUGAGUGUGCAGUUUCUUCUCCUUGCCGAAAUGGUGCAACUUGUAUCAAUUCCAAUGGUUCUUACUCUUGCUCAUGUGCAAAAGGUUUUGAAGGAAGACACUGUUUGAUAAACACAGAUGACUGUGCACUAUCUCCUUGCCAAAAUGGUGGAACUUGCUUGGAUGGAAUUGGAGAAUACUCUUGCCUUUGUGUUGAUGGCUUUGGAGGUGAUCAUUGUGAAACUGACAUCAAUGAGUGUGCUAACAACCCAUGCAAAAAUGGGGCGACCUGCAACGAUUAUGUCAAUAGUUACACUUGCACAUGUCCUUUAGGAUUCAGUGGUACAAAUUGUCAAACCAAUGAUGAAGAUUGUAACUUAAGCUCUUGUGUUAAUGGUGGUACUUGUGUCGAUGGCAUCAAUAAUUAUACUUGUCGAUGUGCACCUGGUUACACUGGAAGUAACUGCCAAUAUCAUAUCAAUGAAUGUGAUUCAAAACCUUGUCGUCAUGCCUCCACAUGUGUUGAUCUUGUUGGUGACUACACUUGCCAUUGUCAGUUUGGAUAUACGGGGCGUCAGUGCGAAAACUUUGUUGAUUGGUGCAGUAAAAGCCCUUGUUUGAAUGGUGCAACUUGUAAACAAGUGAAUAAUACCUAUGCUUGUACUUGCAAACCUGGAUGGACUGGUCUUCUUUGUGAUGUUAGUAUGGUCUCGUGUAACGAUGCUGCUCUUCAGAAAGAAAUUGAUGUAAAAGACUUGUGUCAGAAUGGUGGUAGAUGUGAAAAUCAUGGUAAUAGUCACAGGUGUAUAUGUCUUCAUGGAUUUGAGGGUAGCUAUUGUCAACAUGACAUCAAUGAAUGUGCAUCUCAACCAUGUCAAAAUGGUGGAACAUGUAACGAUCUUGUUGGCCGAUAUUCUUGCACGUGUGCCCCUGGUUUUCAAGGCCGAAAUUGUGAGCACAAUAUCGAUGACUGCGUACCAAAUCCUUGUCGUAAUGGUGGAACUUGCCAUGACUUAGUAAAUAAGUUUGUUUGCUCCUGUCCUCAUGGAACUCAAGGUGUGCUUUGUGAAAUUAAUGUGAAUGAAUGUUUUGAUGGAGCAUGUCAUCAUGGGGGAACGUGCAUUGAUAAAGUUGGAAACUAUGAAUGCCAAUGUCCAUCUGGAUUUGUUGGCCCUAGAUGUGAAGGUGAUGUUAAUGAAUGUUUGUCAAAUCCAUGCUAUGUGUCUGGUACACAAGACUGUGUUCAGUUGGUGAAUAACUACAGGUGUGAUUGUAAAUCUGGUUACAUGGGUCGACACUGUGAGCUGAAAGUUGACUUCUGCUCCACAAAUCCAUGUUUGAAUGGAGGAUUCUGUACUGGUACUGGACAAGGAUAUUUAUGCAUUUGUCCUGAAGGUUUACAUGGGGAGACGUGUGCAUAUGCUAAUACAUCAUGCAUUGCUAAUCCAUGUAAGAAUGGUGGACAGUGUAGAGUGCGAAAGAAUAGUUACACUUGUGUGUGCCCAAAUGGUGCAGGAGGUAGCAACUGUGAAAUUGAUACAUACAAUGAGUGUCUUUCAUCUCCAUGCAUGAAUGGCGGAACUUGUCAUAAUAGAAUUGGUAAAUAUGAAUGUGAAUGCCCUCCAAAUUGGAACGGUGCUCGUUGCAGUGUCUUUGAUUCUUCUUUUAAUGGAGGAAUUGGAUUAUAUCUGAAACCUGUUACAAUUAUGAGAGCUAAUGACAUUGAUCCUGUGGAUUUAUGCGAGUUGAAUGAGUGCUAUAAGAAAUCAGGAAACAGAAAAUGCAAUGAAGAAUGCAAUUCCAGAGAAUGUAAUUAUGAUGGGGGUGACUGCUCUUUGGGAAUGAAUCCUUGGAGGAAUUGUACUGCUCCCAUUAACUGCUGGGAUGUGUUUAGAAAUGAUGAGUGUAACAUUGAAUGUAAUAAUAUUGACUGUCUUUUUGAUGGUUUUGAUUGUGAACAAAAGCUUCUUCCAUGCAAUGAACAUUAUGACACCUAUUGUCUUAAGAACUAUGCUAAUGGGUAUUGUGAUUAUGGAUGUAAUAAUGAAGAGUGUAACUGGGAUGGUUUGGAUUGCGAGUCGGAGGCACCAAUGCUUGCUGAUGGUUCACUGGUUACAAUUGUUCUAAUGGAACCUGAGGUUUUCAUGAAUAACUCUGUAUCCUUCUUGCGAGAGAUUGGCCAUGCAUUAAGGACAAUUGUCCGUAUAAAAAAGGACGAAUAUGGAAAUCCUAUGGUUUAUCGCUGGCAAGCAAAAGAUAUUGCUGUCAGUCACCAUCACAAGAAGCAUCCAAAAACUGGAACUAAAGUUGUGAUGGAAAUUGACAACAGAAGGUGUACCAAAACUGCAGCAGCUGAAUGUUUUCAAUCAUCAACCAAAGCUGCAAAUUUUUUGAAGGCGACUCAAGCCCGUCAAGCAUUUGCUUUUCAAUUUGAAGACAUUUCUGGAGAAGACUCUGACUCGACAGUUGCUGUUAAGAUAAGUAGGCCUUAUAUGGUUUACUAUGUUGGCAUAGCUGUUGUGAUCUGCCUCAUAGGCCUCUUGAUGGGAGUUCUAAUUAGUAGGCGCAAAAAAGUGAGAGGUAUCACUUGGUUUCCUGAGGGAUUUUUUAGAACGAGUGGAAGUCAACAACGAAGUUCACAUCGUCGAGGACCAGAUGGGCAAGAGAUGAGAAAUUUAAACAAGUUGGCAUCAUCAAAUAGAGUAGAUAUCAGCAUGAAUGGAAACGUGUGUCCACCACCAGUUCCUUCUCUCCCUUCUGAUCAAUGGAGUGAUGAUGAUGCUCUGGAUCACCCUCCCAUGAAAAGACUAAAAAGUGACAAAUCUCAAGACGACAGUUUUGGUGACAGCCAAAGUUCUCUUGCUCCUCCUGAAUACGAUGAAAGCGAUUCUCGAAAGUGGACUCAACAACACUUGGAUGCUGCUGAUAUCAGAAACCCUGACAUAUUAGCCUUAACACCACCUCAAGGAGAGAAUGACAUGGAUCAUGGUUGUAUUGACGUGAAUGUUAGAGGUCCUGGUGGAUUAACACCCUUAAUGUGUACAACUCAUAGAAAAGAUGGCUAUGAUAAUGAAAGUACUUCUGAUGAGGAUGGAUCCAGAGGAAAUACGAUACAAGAUUUAAUUAACCAAGGAGCAGAUGUAAAUGCAGUCACAGAAAAAAGCAGGGAAACAGCUCUUCACUUGGCAGCUAGGAACUCAAGAGCAGAUGCUGCCAAGAGUUUGGUGGAUAAUGGUGCUGAUGUGAAUGCUCCAGAUAUAACUGGCCGUACCCCUUUGCAUGCAGCAGUAGCUGCCGAUGCUCAAGGUGUCUUUCAGAUUUUGGCAAGGAAUCGAGCUACUGAUUUAAAUGCAAAGAUGAACGAUGGCACAACUCCUUUAAUACUUGCAACACGCCUUGCAAUAGAGAAUAUGGUUCAGUUAUUGUUGGAUGCUGAAUGCGAUGUCAAUGCUUCUGAUACCUAUGGUAAAACAGCUUUACAUUGGGCAGCUGCUGUGAAUAAUGUUGAUGCAGUACAUUUACUUAUUUCCCAUGGUGCAAAUAAGGAUGCACAAGAUGAGAAAGAAGAAACUCCUCUUUUUCUAGCUGCAAGAGAAGGAAGCUUGGAAGCAGCUCGAAUACUGCUUGAACAUUUUGCGAAUAAGGAAAUAACAGACCACAUGGACAGGUUACCAAUCCAUAUUGCAAGGGAGCGUUCUCAUAAUGACAUUGUACAGUUGCUUGAAGGCUCUAUCCCUUCUACAGCUCAUUUGACCAACCGACAAUUCAAAGAGGGUUCUCCACUGUUUUUACUUGGUAUGCAUGGAUCCACCAAAUCCAAAACGAAAAGAAAGAACAAGUUGUGCAAUGACUCUUCAGCUCUCAGGGACAACAGUGAUUCUACAGUUAAUGCCAACCUUAGACGAAAGCCAUCUGUAAAACGACGCAAAGAUAUCUCUCACAUGGGUCUUCCAGGCAUGGAUGGUUCACCUUCGCUUUCUCCGAAUUCUCUCACAUCCCCUACUGCUCUCACCCAAGGUGGCAUGGACAGUUCAGAACCAAUUUACACACAACUGACCAAUGCAGGCAAUCAUCAAGUACCUUCUUAUGACCAUUUGUCUUCGUUUAGGGAAGGAUAUGGUGAUUUGAAUAAUAUUUUAAGUUAUGUCACUUCUCGACCAUCUUAUACAGAUCAGUGUCCACCUAACGUACCCGCUCGUCAUGUGAGGCACAAUUCCGUGCCAGCUAAAAAUCCUGUGCCACCUCCUCGACCUUUCAGAUCAGUGUCUCCUAGUAAGCAGCGUCCUGGUUUGCUUACAUCACCCACACAUAUGGCAGCUAUGAGGACUGCACAUCAUCAGCGAACUACUAAGUUUCAUACCCAGGGUGGGGGCAACUUGACUUAUGAUUAUCCUAAACCAUCUGCAGAUUUGCAGAGUACUGGAAACAAUUUAGCACCACCUCUGUAUCCUCAGAUAUAUACUUAUCCCACACCCCCAUCUCAACACAGCUCUAAUGGUGGUGAAUCAACGCCACUUUAUCAUCAUCCUCCAGAGACUUAUUUAACUCCGUCCCCAGAAUCUCCUGGGCAAUGGUCCAGCUCUUCACCCCACUCUGCCUCUGAUUGGUCAGAGAGUAUAGCCAGUCCUACUGGGCACAAUGUUCAUCUCCAACAGCACACUGUAGAACAUUUACAGCAUAAAAAAACUACUAAUGCCAGGCCUACGCCCAUUGUGCAAUCUCCUGACGCUGUGUUCAUUUAAGAUACUUUUUUAAAAAUGUAAAUUAUCUGUUUUCCAAGUGCCUGGAUAUGCUGUAUUCACUAUCGCACAUUACAGAAAUACAUUCUGAUGUUCAAGUUGUGUAUUUAAGAUAUUUAUUCUAUAUACAGCAGGAAUUGUAAAUAGAUUUUAUUUUGUCAGUGAAUCACUCAUUGUUAAAGUUUAAUUGUAUGUUUAAUUUAUGUGAAAUUAGAAAAAUGCCUCUUUUUUUUAAAAAACUAUAAUAAGUAUUUGCAUUCAGUGUUGAAGUCGAAAAAAUGAAUCGUUAAAAACAUUCGUUUUAUGUUUUCUAACUGUUUUAAGUAUGCAGCUUUGUUGUUUUUAAAUUACAAAUCGGCGCAUAAUUUUGUACAUUGUGAUGGCAGAAAUUUAUUAAAUUUCUUAUGCUGAAUACCUUACAAUUUUUUCUAAGCCACUAAUUUUCCUAAGACUAUAUUCGCUAAAGAUUUUAAAAAAAUUGAGCUAGCUUUAUUUUUUACAAUAAGUAUUUUGUCUUGAAUAUAUCUUGCACUUGUUGAAUAGAGCAAUUAUAAUUGUGCCAUUUAAUUAAAAUUGAAUCGAUUUUAAUGUGCAUGAAAUGUAAAAAAAUGUUUGUUCAUUGUAAAUGCUCAUUUUAAAUAGAAAGAAGGAAUCAUUGUAUUUAUGAUGCAUUUGUAAAUUCAUCACAUUGUAUAUUGUUAGAAAGUUGGGUUUUUAUUGUAAAGCAAUAUUUCAUUGUUGUUACAAUCUUUAUAGAAAAUUUUUAUAUUAAUAUAUAUGUACUUCUGUACUCUUUAUGAUUCAAUUGUUAGUAGGCAUGCUGUUAAACUGUUUUUAAUUUUGAACAAAAUUAUUUUUUAUAUACUUUUAUGUAUUAAAACUGUAUAUAUUUUUCAUAAGUGUUUUAAAGUGUUUGAAACUGCUUUAAAAAUUAAUAUAGAUUUUAUAAUCAAGGUUUUUACAAAUUGAAUAACUUAAAGACAUAUAACAGGGUUAUUAUGAUCUCAAAUUAACUUUUGAUUUAAGUACUUCAUUUGUAAAGAUUUAAACUAUAUUAAUUUGAAAAAAAAUUCUUUAGAAUAUUUUUAUUUCAGUAUUAUUAGUGCUUCGUAAUUUAAAAAAAAAAAUCCAUAGAUUAUUUUAUUAUUGUACCUUUUUGAAUUAUUGAAGUAAUUCAAUUAUUAUUUCAUAAUUGAGAAACCUUACAAGCCCAAUCCAAAAUAAAUUAGUUAAUUUUUUUGAUUGUUAUCCAAUGCUUUUAUAAUGUUUUCAAAAUAUUUUUUAUAAGUGUUUAAAAAUUAAUAUUUUUUUUUUACAAAUGGAACAUUUACGAAAUCUAAAAUGGCAGGAUUAUUUUGUUCAGUAUUGUUAGUCUUUGUUUAUUACAUCAAACAAAAAAAAGUUGCUUAAAGAAUUUUUUUUUACUGAUAAUUUUACCUUUUCAGAAAUAUCUUAAUUUAUUCACGGGCUUGUUUUUUUUUAAUUCUUAUCCAAUAAUUUUCAUAAUUUUAUCUGAUGAUUUUUCAUUAGCAUAAAAAUUAAUUUAAAUAUUAUAAUCAACAUUUUUACAAAUUGAAUCAGUUGAAAUAUUAUAAUAACAGGAUUAUUAUGAUCUCAAACUUUGAUUCAUUUGUAAAGAUACGAACUAUAUUAAAUAAAAAUGAUGAAUCAUUAGAAUAUUUUUAUUUUAGUAUUAUUGGUAUUUGUUGAAUAUAUACUAAAAUAAAAAAAAAAAUCAAUGUUUUUAAUUGUUAUUGAAUAAUUGUUGUCAAUUUAAUGUUAAAUGUUAAAUUAUUUAAAUUGCUUAUAGCAUUCUAUUUAGAAGUCUAUAUAUUAUCCCAAUAUUACUAUUUUCUAUAAACAAUAUACACACUGAAUGAAUAUGCAAGUUUGAAAAAUAAAACAUUUAAUGUUUUAAAUGUAAUUUUACUAAACUUGCAGCAAAACUUUUAAAGUGCACUUUUACAAACUUAUUUUGCAUUUAGUGGAGAGUAAUGUUUGGAGAAAUAUUUACAUCAUCAGUGUUCAAUUACUAUUUUAUUUUUCAUAAUACAUUUGUUAGGAGUUAACUUUAAAAAUGUUCUCAAUUUAUGGACAAAUAGAACAAUCUUUCAUAUUUGUGACGUAGCAUUGCCUUGGCAAUUGUCAAUUCCAGAACAAACUUGUUAAAAUUUCGUAAUUUUUAUUUUUGAUAAGGUUUUAAAUGUUUGUGAACAAUUUUAUUUAAUUUUACAAUUUAAUGGGAACAAUUUAUUACUUAACAUCUGUAGUGAUAAUUUUUUAUGAAUGUACAGAUCAUAACAAAUAUGUUUUACAUUUUUGUAUUGUAGUAUUUGUUCAAUAAAUUUUUGCAAUACAGAAAAAA